AUGCCACUCUGGCGCUCGCCGCCCAACGCGCCGCCGAUCACGUCCUUGGGGCGGGUCGACCUCGUGCGCUGGAGGCGCGCGUACAGAGACUACUGCCGCGACAUGGCGUUGUACUGCCGGGCUGUCAACGUCCCGCUUGCCGGUUGCGUCGCGUCGUGGACGAGCUGCGUGGACCCCGACUUGCUCAGAGUUGCGUGCGAGUUUGACUGGCACAUGGACCCCGCCAGCCUCACUGAGAGGGGCCUGCGCACCCGGCUCGCCACGAUCAUGGAGACGCCCCAUAUCAAGUCGGCGGACGACAUUCGCAAAUGCUUUGCCUCGCUGCACAUGCCCUUGUCGCCGACGGGGGAUGCCAACGGCCAGCGCCUUGACUUUAUGGAGGCCGCGCUGCAGACCGAGAUGGCCACGUAUGGGCGGCUCAUUGUGGCCGCUAUCGUGGAGAGGGUGCAGCCGGCGAUCUUGCGCGAGCGGGUUCGAGCGCGCUUGGAGAUCGCGCCCAACGACUCGCUCAAGGUCUUCGCCAACAUCCUCUUGGAGCAGCUCCAAGCGCUGAACGAAUGCGAGCACCUUCAAAUCGAGGACAGCAGCAGCCUCCGACGAUCGGGAGGAGUGAAGAAGCGUCGACGCGUCCGGCAUCGGUCGACAGUCGGCGCAGAAAUGUCGGCGGCCACGAAGCCUCGACACCAUUCCCGUCCGUCGACGUGCAAGAAGCAAAAGACAGCUGCUUGAGAGUAGCCUGCAGAAGCGCUCCAUCUGUGUACAAAAUACAAGUUGUCCAUAAUUCGUGAGUAAAUGUUACCGAG